GCUAGCCUCGGUGUAUCAAACCUUCCCCAUCCUGCCUUGGUUGGGGUUGUGGAAUGGGAUGCCGCCCAAGUAAGCAUGCCUCAAGUAAAAUCCGAGCGGCAGAGGCGAUGGGAGGUGGAUUUGGAGCACAUUUCGGAUCGGGGAAGUUUUCCAGGAGAGUGAGACCAGGCGGUUUCCCGACCCAGGUGAAAAAUUCUACAUCGCUGGCUGCCUGUCAUCCGUCAACGGAGUUCAGUGACUUUUCGACGACAACUGCGACUUAUAACUCCCCCGGGUACAAGACAUCUAAAAUAACUGUGAGACUGUCAAGCGAUGGAUCAACUUUGGAAAUUGAAAAGUGUGAAAUCGAGCCGGAGGUUGUCAUACAGCGUUCCGAAAGUGCUCCGGUAUUACCAUGCGUGGACGCUUCUGAAGAGCAGACGACACCAAGCUUCCAACAGAUUGUAUGCGCUGAUGUGUCGCCCGUACCUUAUCAGUUUAGAUCGGAGAAAAGUGAAUAUAAUGAGAGUGUGUCCUUACCGUGUUCGGAAUUUCACGCCAGAAUUGUCUCUUCAGAACUGCUUGACAAUCAGACGACACAAAUACGUGCACCAAAAGCCACCAUAGAUGAACUGGAUGAUUUUUCAAUUACACUUCCGAAAGCAACUUUAGCAGUUCAAGAGGAGGCUUAUUUAUUUUCAUCAAGUACUUCGUUUGGAAAAGGGAGUCCCGAGAGCCAUUCUUCGCCAGGCUCUUUACGUCAUGAUGGAAUAGAUAAGUCUUCAUCAGAGAAACAGGGUGUUCAGUUAAGGAAUACUGUUGGUAAUACAGACUUAUUGGCCAAAGUGGUGAAAAAUCGGUCUGAUUGUAUUACCCGUCCUUUAAAUUGCAUUGCAAGGGCAGAAAGUGCUGAUGUGUUAUGUAUAGGAAUGGAUUGCAAAUCUACUUCGUGUUCAUGUAAUAAAGUUUACUUCAAAGAUUCUCAGUCACCUUCAGCUGGAGCAAGUGCAAUUUCAGACAGAUCUCAUAUUGAAAGUGUUCAACGAAAGCUUGCCUUUUGUUCCUAUUCUCACACAACAGAUGAGUGUUGGGAUCAGGGCAUCUCUGGACUGGGUGACUUCACUGGAGCUCAUGCACAUACCAGACAGAAUUCAAGAGAUGGGAGCGAGAUUGACGUUUAUGGAGACGAUUUAUCAUCCUCCAUUGACAGGGCAGGCCAGCUACCACAAAUCAGCCAUCAACCAUACGCCGUCCGUGCCAGCAGUCUUGCGAUAGUUGAACCUGGAGAUAGCAUCAAAGCCAAGCAUAAUCACACUGUCAGUGAUAAAACCAGAAACCUGUCACAGUCAUGUUCCUCUUGUAAGACUCAAAGAUGGAUACCUGAUAUCACUGGUGCCAAUUUUUACCCACAUAAGAGAUUGGGAGAAGGAAGGAACUUGAUUAAAUCUGUGACAAACGAGAUUACCCUUUCUGUUCCGCGUGUAAGUCAGUGCCCACUUGGUUAUAAUGAAAAUGUAAAUAUGGUGACCACUGAGACUUCAGUGGGGGAGAAACGUACUUCUGAGGCUUCUGACGAAACUGGAAACUGCGUUUGUAGGCUGGAGGUGCCCCAUGCACCUACAAUGACCGCUAGUGAUUGUUCUCUGACAUGCAAGGAAGGCAUUCCUGUUGUCAUGGAAACUGAAUUGAAAGCUGAAGAAGUUGAGAAGACGGAUGAUGUUGUUUCAGAGUGCGACAUUGCUUACGUGCACAGGGAUUUUAUCAAUGUGUUUUUCAGAUUUUGAAGAUAUCUUUGAUGAUGACUGUGAUGACGUCCACCCACCUAAAAUAGCAUUGUCCAGCCCUGACAAGUGAUCAGCUCUACAAGAUAAGACAGUUCCCGGGAAUAAGCUUGAGUGGACACUUGACGAAGAACUCGGCACGUGAAGAGAUGCAAGAUGGCUGCUGAGAGAUGUUUACAUGGAGAGAUAGUCGGGACCUUCCUGUGUUUGUUGAGACGGAAUGUUUGUUGUGGAAGAGUAACCUGAUUGGGUUAAGUAGAAACGGAUCCUUGUCAAUGUGAGUGAGAAAGUAUUCUGUUUGUACUGGAAAGGUGACUGACUGGGAUAUUUGUAGAAGGUCGGUUAGGGUGAAGAAAGUGGUUUAGGUGAUAUGGUGGAGAUCAUAUUUUGCUGAAUGAAAGGAACAGAAGAAUCGGCUGAUGUUUGUUCAAGAUGCGUCAUGUGUUGUUGGAUACAGAAGAGUGAGUCACUUGAUGUUGGAUACAGACAAGUCACGUGAUGUUAGUGACUGAUAAGUCACGUGAGGUUGCUUGCAGAUGAGUCACGUGAUGUUGGAUACGGAUGAGACACAUCAUGUUGGAUACAGAUGGAUCACCUGAUGUUGGAUACGGAUGAAACGUGUGAUGUUGGUGACAGAUGAGUCACGUGAUGUUGUUUGCAGAUGAGUCGCAUGUUGUACAGAUGAAACGUGUGAUGUUGGUGACAGAUGAGUCACGUGAUGUUGUUUGCAGAUGAGUCACAUGAUGUUGGAUACAGAUGAGACACUUCAUGUUGGAUACAGAUGAGACACUUCAUGUUGGACACAGAUGGGUCACUUGGUGUUUGCAGAUGAGUCACAUGAUGU